AUGCCGAUUUGUGUUUUUGAGGGGUGUUUCAGUGGCAGCAAAAGAAAGGAUAAAGCGAAAAAUGUGAAUGUUCAUCUUCAUAGAUUUCCCAAAGAUACUAAUUUGCGAAAAAUAUGGGUAAAACAAAUUAAAAGAGGAUCGAAUGUUAAACAUAUUAAUUGUGAAACAGGUGUUGUGUGCUCUCUUCAUUUUUCCUCACACUAUAUUGCUGAUAAGUCAUAUGCACAAAAAAUAGCAUUAUAUUCACCGAAGUGCCAGAGGAAAUUAAAACCUAAUGCAAUACCCAUGACUAAACACGGAAUAGAAUAUGAUGAUAUUCCAUAUAGGGAACGAUCAAGUUCUGUAGGUCCAGACACACCGCCAGUAAAUUACUCUCCUGCUCUGAUUAGAACCCCUUGUGGAACGUUCACAGUAAUCGAAUCGGAUAGAGUAAUAGAACCUGAAUCUAGUAGCUCAUGUUCUGUAAGAUCAAAACUAUUCAGCAACUUGUGUGAUGAGUUAGAUGUACUUCCAUUAGCUGAACAUACAUUAGCAACGACCACAGAUGAAACAACUCUAAAGUUUUGCAAUAAAAAUGCCUAUAAGAUCAAGAACUAG